UGUGAAAGGUUUUAAAUUCGUCGAGUGUGGUGGAGCUUCUGCCAAUCGUAUUACCGCAGUCCGCAAGUGUGUUCCUUGAUGUUUAUGUUUAUUUUUCAUAUUAGAAUGGCAAAACCUUUGGUACUUCUAAGCAUUUUAUUGGUUUCCGUGAGCGCUGGCCUCAGUGGAUCGGAAAAAAUAAGUUUGGAAGAUAUCGAAAGAGAUUUGAGUACCAGUGAUAAGACAUCGGUAACAUCGCAAGUAACGGAAAAGAGUAGUACCAUACAAUCUCCAACGAAAUUCGGUUUCGUUCCAGCUCGGACAGCGGCAUCAUAUGCAGCAACCUCACCCAAAACUCAGUAUUACCAAACCAGCUACCCAGCUAAACCUUCCUUUAAUCCAGCAAUAAUUCAACAACAAUACUCAGCUCCUCAGCAGCAACAAUACAGCACAGCUUAUGCUACCCCAUCUACGUCAGAUUACGCUCAACAGUACUACGAUGCUCAGCAGUACCUUGCUCAACUCACUCAAGCGUAUGCACAAACUGACGGCAAAAGCCAAAGUAACGUAGUAUAUCAGCAAUCAGUUCCGCAAUAUGAGCAAUAUCCAGCUGUACAGUACAUCAGUGAUAACUCAGUGACACAGUCGCAAUCGGAUGGACAUCAACAAUAUUCUGCUGGUCCUCAAUACUAUUAUGUACAGCAAUAUCAAGCACCUAGUACAGAGGUCCAGACUGUUGUUGACCCAAAAGCACCUGUCCAGUACGUUACUUAUGUACCUUCAAACACACAUAACUCCAUACCAGUAGAGCCAAAGUACCAACAAGCUUAUGCAGUAACGUACGAGACUCCCCCACCUGUCAAACAGACCACCGUAAAAUACGUCUCAACAAAGCAGUACUCAAGACCAAAAACUGUACAAUAUGUGCAGGCAGCUCCAAGUUCAGGGUACUACAAUCAAGAAGAAGUCGUAAUUAAAAGAGAACCAAAAAGUCUUCUUGAUUCAUAUGUACCUUCAAUCUUACAGUUACAAUAUUUAAAAAGACACCAGGGAAGUAAAUAUUCUAAUAAAUAUUAAUAUUACUUUGUAUUUUUUGUUAUAAAAUAUUUUACUGCUAGGCCAGUUAAUCCCUGUUGCUUUAUCGUUAUUUGUUAGCUUAACAUGUGUAAAUACAAAUCUAUUUA